AUGUCUUUGAGUCUCUGCCUCACCGGUGAGGCCUUAACGGUCGUUGGAAGGAUGACACCCGAAGAGUCAUUGGACUAUUCAAAAGAAAGAGACUGCAAAACCCUUGAGAGUUUGGCAGUAACUGCAGACCACUUUUUAGAAGCGCAGGGCCAAACUAGCUUGUUUAGCUCGAAAGAAGACGACCUAAGCCAUAAGAGUGGAGGUCGUAAUAAAGAGGGUAGUCGGCUGAAAGUUCCCACCAAGGGAGUGAGCCGGUGUUUCCUCUGCAACAAGUCUGGACAUAAAGCCGCAGAAUGCUGGACCAGUUCCAGAGCUCAACACGGAUCUGCGUGCUGGAGGUGCGGCAAGCCAGGACACAAAUCAGAUGCGUGUAACUGGAAGCCAGAAGAUAAAGGUAGCAAGACUCCUCAGGCAUCCUGUAUGUUGACAGUCGCCGACAGCGAAAAUCCAGAAGAGACAUACAUUGUACUGAGAAACGGAGAACAGAUACCGAUAGUAAAUGCGGCACUCGGAAAGGCUCCACGGUUCCUGGUUGAUAAUAUGCCAGUGGUGAGGGGAGAAGUGUGCGGUCGUCCGGUCACCGUACUGAGAGACAGCGGCUGCAACACGGUUGUGGUAAAAAGAGAUCUGGUUCCCGAUGAUAAGUUAACCGGUGUCUCUAGUCCGGUUUUCCUACUUGAUAGGACUGUAAAGUACCUGCCAGAGGCAGAGAUAGAGGUGAGAACUCCGUUUUUUACGGGCAGUCUAAUAGCCAAGUGCAUGGACAACCCGUUGUACGAUUUGGUGUUAGGAAAUGUUCAUGGGGUGAGAGGAAUUGAUGAUCUCGAUGAAGAAUGGAAUGACGAGGGAAGACUAAGCGGGUCUCAACUGAACGAAGAGAGACAGACACCCAAGGGGACGUCAGGAAAAAGUGAGACUGGUGAAGGACUCGUUCUUGACGAGAGUGGAAAAGAAGGCUGUGACGUCUUGGUGCCGGAGAUUAAUUCUGCGGGAGCGCUGAAGAGAGUAGCUGGCAAGGAAAACAAUUCCCAACUACCGGUUAUGACGCUCGAACCGACGGGAAUUGACCACAACAAGUUGAAACUAUCUCAACGUAAUGACGAAUCGUUGAAGAAAUGCUUUGCUGCCGUCGGCAAAAAGUAUAUCUCGGGAAAAUCGCACGAGUCUGAAUUCGUGUUGCGUAAUGAAAUCCUCUACAGGAGGUACAAGACGCCGGCACACAAGCAAUGGGAACAACUGAUUGUUCCGAGAGAUUUCCAAACCAUCGUACUGAAAUUGGCGCACGAAGGAAUCAUGUCCGGACAUCAGGGAACUAAGAAGACCACUGAUCGCAUCCAGGAGGAAUUCUACUGGCCUGGAAUUGCAAUGGACAUCAAGCGAUUCGUGAAGUCGUGCGACAUGUGCCAGAGAACCAUUCAUAGGCACAUGGUGCCGAGAGCACCCCUUGGAACCAUGCCGAUCAUCGACACUCCCUUCCAAAGAGUCGGCAUUGACAUUGUCGGACCUAUCGCGCCCAGUUCAGAGACGGGCAACAGGUAUAUACUGACAAUGGUUGACUUCGCUACCAGAUACCCAGAUGCUGUCGCUCUGAAAAGCAUCGACACAGUCGAGGUAGCGGAGGGCUUACUGCAAAUGUUUUCUCGAGUAGGCCUGCCACGAGAAAUCGUCAGUGACCGGGGAUCAUGCUUCACGUCGGCUCUCAUGAAGGAGAUCAGUCGCAUAUUGUCGCUCAGACUGCUGACGACAACCCCCUACCAUCCAAUGUGUAAUGGGCUGGUUGAACGAUUUAAUGGGACUCUAAAACAAAUGAUCAAGAGAAUGUGCCAGGAGAAACCGCGAUGUUGGGAUAGAUAUCUCACCCCGUUGCUUUUCGCAUACAGGGAAGUGCCGCAGAGCAGCCUGGGGUUCUCCCCGUUUGACCUUCUUUAUGGAAGGUAUGUUCGCGGUCCUAUGGCGGUUCUGAGGGAACUCUGGACCAACGAGAACAUCGACCCGGAGACCAAGACAACAUACGAAUAUAUGGUUGAUCUGCGCAAGAGACUUGAAGAGACCUGUAAAGCCGCCCACGAGGAACUCAAGAAGGCCCAACUGACACAAAAAGAACACUACGACAAGAAGAGUCGAGCGCGCCAACUACGAGAAGGGGACAGAGUACUGAUCUUGUUACCGACAGACAGAAACAAGUUGGUGCUACAAUGGAAGGGUCCAUUCCGGGUAGUUGAGAAGAGGAAUGACGUGGAUUACGUCAUAGACCUUGGUCAGAAAACGACCGUGUUUCACAUUAAUAUGUUGAAGAGAUACGAGGAGAGAGAAGUUCUUGGAGCUCCCAGGCAAGUCUUGGCUGGUAUGGCUGUGGAAGAGGAUCCCGAAGAACAGGAGGUCCCUCAUGUCGGUCUGCACAAACUUCAAGAUCACAAAGACGUACAGUUCUCAGAAGAGAUGACUGAGUUCCAAACUAACGAUGCAAGGAAGCUGCUGGAAGAGUUCCAGGACGUAUUUUCAGAUCUUCCAGGUCAGACUAGGCUUAUAAAAUGCCGGUUGAAACUGAAGACAGAUACGCCAAUCCAAGUGCGACAAUACCCCAUUCCCUUUGCGCUACAGGAAGAGGUAGAAAAGGAGAUCGGCGAUAUGUUACGCCAAGGCAUAAUCGAGAAGUGCGACUCAGCCUACAACUCGCCCGGUGUGGUAAUUUCUACUCACAUGUCGUGUUUGAGCAUAACCUCCGACUGUCCUCAGAUCUACCAGUCCAGCUCUAACAACGGCGCAAUGUGCAGAGGUCAGGAUAACGUCGGCAGCAAUUAUAGACCCGCUACAAUUAUGCAAUCUGAACGGUUUCCACUGGAUGGACACCUGUAA